UCAAUCACGAACGAAUUCGAGAUGGCUUCUCCGUCAAAGACGAACACAACGCUGAAAAAAGACAAGAAAGAGGAGUCUUUUCUCGACAAAGUCACCACAUUAGGAAGAAAAAAGAAAGCAAAAGAAGAUGACAUUAAUGAUAUUGGAAGAGCAGCGCUGGAAUCACCAGGCAGCCCUGUUGAUAUUAACCCAGACACAUUUAUCAUGGAGGAGGGAGAAGAAAGGUCUAUGAUAGAACCCGACUCAAAGGAUUCACCGAAAGUCAAAGAACUCAGCGAGGUUCUCAUCAGAUGGAUCAAUGAAGAGCUGAAGGACCAGAGGAUAAUCGUACGCGACCUGGAAGAAGAUCUCUACGAUGGACAAAUCCUGGGCAACCUUGUUGAAAAAUUGGCUGGGAUCAAGUUUGAAGUGCGUGAGGUGAUGCAGGCAGAGAUCUUCCAGAAACAGAAGAUCAAAGCCAUCUUGGAUUACGUCAACAAACUCCUUAAUCUACCCAGAUGGAACAAGGACAAAUGGAGUGUGGACGCUAUCCACUCCCGUAACCUGGUCGCCAUCCUCCAUCUCCUCGUCGCCCUCGCUUUCCACUUCAAAGCCCCCAUCAUGAUCCCAGAGUUUGUCAUCGUCAAGGUGGUCGUUGUACAGAAAAAAGACGGUAUGCUGCAGACGUCCAGGGUGGAAGAAGAAAUCACAGCAACCAAUGAGUCUGUGGCGUGGUUUCAUGUAGAACAGCGCAGGGCCAUCGGAGGACGAUUUGAACGUGAUGCCUUUGACACCCUGUUUGAUCAUGCACCCGACAAGCUCAAUGUAGUCAAGAAGUCACUGAUUGCCUUUGCCAACAAACAUCUCAACAAACUCAAUCUGGAAGUCAUGGACUUGGAUAGCCAGUUCCAUGAUGGUGUGUUCUUUAUCUUGCUGAUGGGUCUUCUGGAAGGCUACUAUGUACCUCUACACUGCUACCACAUGACCCCUACGACUUUUGAAGAGAAGGUCCACAAUGUUAACCUGGCCCUGGAUCUAAUGGACGACGCUGGACUACCCAAGGCCAAGGCUAGAGCAGAGGAUGUGGUGAAUUUAGACUUGAAAUCAACUCUGCGAGUACUCUACAACAUUUUCACCAAGUACAAGAACGUCACAUAGAUCGCACUUCCAACAUCUCAAUUAGUUAUGUAUCAAAAUUCAGAGCAAUAAGCAAAUCAUUGAAUUUGAUUUAUUUUUCAAUUAAUUGGGGACCAAUCGCCAUAAAGUCAGGAUAAAUUUUUCUCACCUCUUAUCACAAAAUGAUUGUGACAAUAAUAAUAACUCUCUCUAGAAAAGGUUUUUAUCUUCUCAGAACCUUAUAGAUCAAUCUCUACGUUUCUUCAGAUUGAUCCAUAAAGUUCUAAGAAGAUAUAAACUUUAUCUGUCAAGAAUAUAUCGUCGCAUAAUUUCAUAAAAAGAGAUUUUAAAAGUUUAUUCAUACUUUAUGGGCAAAUUGUGCUCUGAUAAAUAUGUUUCAUAUUUCAUGCCUGUAUGAUAUAAAUAUAUAAUAUCAGCUCAAAAUAUUGCAUGUGUACAGAUAUAUUGCUAGUUUAGACACCAAAAUCAUACUAAAAAUAAGAGGCAAAAACAACUCCUAUGUAUACAAAAUGAUGCACUUGUAUGCUUGUAUGUUCAUGUACACACAUAAAAGUGAGCUUGGAGUGAAAUUGCCAUGAAGACCUUGAUCCAAACUACAUCCUGUUAUGCUCAUUCAUCCUUAAUUAUUUAAAUUGCUCGAAUAGUUUGUGGAGGUGAUUUAUGUUCUCUCUCAGUUAAACAAACUGCUUUUUAAUUCUGUGAUUAGUCCCCACUCUUUUUGUGCCAUGUUCGCAGAUCAGCGAAACAAAUUGGCAACAUUUAACAGUAUGGUUUAACAGCAUUUUUGCAGAUCUGCAAAUCAGCAGAUACAAAUGGAAUGCAAGUCUGUUUGAGAUACAUCGAUUUUACAUAAUAUUGGAAUUCAUCACGAUAAAGAGGGCAUGCAAUUUGGAAUGCAUGGGAGAUUGUUGAGUUGAUGGAAAGCUCCUGUUUUCUUUGUUUUUAUCCCUUUGCCCCUC